GCAGUAAUAUUUUCAUUAUAAUUUGGGGAAGAAAUGAAUCAUAAAAAUUUAUGGUACUAACAUUAGCCUAUCGCUUGAAUUUGGAGGUCUUAGUUUACUUUAUCGGAAUAGUAAUAACCGAAAAAUGAGGGCUAUGAGAUCUUCUUGGACUGAAUCUUUAUAAAAUAUUGAAACUUCCUGUGCCCUUCUCUUCUCCAAAAUUUAUCUUUUUUUUCCCCCCUUGUGUGUCCAUACAAAAGUCCCUAUCAAAAAUCUGCAGAACAUGUGGCUUUGUUCCUUUUGUUAUUAUCUGCUAACAAAGCAUAAAGCUGGCACCUUUGGCCUCCUUUCUUGAGCGUCUUUUUUUUUUUUUUUGUUUUCUUAAUUAGUUUACCAAUUUCUUGAAAACUGCUAACUUUAGAUCCCAAUAUUCACAUCUCUUUUUGUGCAUGAUCAGUAUUCACUUAGCUUUUUACACUUUCUAUAAGAUACCCCUUUAAUCUUUUGUCAACCUUUUUUUCCAUUUUAUUUUGUUUUGUCACAGUUUGUAAAAUUAUCAUAGACAAAUCUGAACUGGGUCAUGAUGUAUUGCUCUUUUUAGUAAUUUUCUUGGAUUUUUGUUAAUAGUUGAAAGUUGAGUAGUUAGCUUUUUAUCAAGAAUGCCUCCAAAUUAUUUUCCUUUGAGAUGGGAAAGCACAGGGGAUCAAUGGUGGUUUGCUUCUCCUAUUGACUGGGCAGCAGCAAAUGGUCAUUAUGAUUUAGUGAGGGAGUUGCUUCACUUAGACACCAAUUUACUCAUAAAGCUCACAUCUUUACGUAGAAUUAGAAGGCUUGAGAGUGUUUGGGAUGAUGAAGAACAGUUUGAUGAUGUUGCAAAAUGUAGGUCUGAAGUUGCUAAAAAACUUCUUCUUGAAGGUGAAACAAAGAAAGGACACAAUUCUUUGAUUAGAGCUGGUUAUGGUGGUUGGCUUCUUUAUACUGCUGCCGCAGCUGGGGAUGUGGAAUUUGUUAAAGAGUUGUUGGAAAGAGACCCUUUGUUGGUGUUUGGUGAAGGAGAGUAUGGUGUUACUGAUAUGUUUUAUGCAGCUGCUAGGAGUAAAAAAUCUCAAGUUUUUAGGGUGCUGCUUGAGAGUAGUAAAGGGGAAUCAGUAGAGGAGGUUUCUUCCACUUUUCAGUUGGAAAUGAUGAAUAGGGCAGUUCAUGCUGCUGCUAGAGGGGGGAAUGUGGAGGUUUUGAUGGAGAUUCUUGGAAAUUGCUCUGAUGUUUUGGUUUAUAGAGAUGCUCAAGGAUCUACUCUCCUGCAUUCUGCUUCUGGUAGAGGGCAAGUUGAGGUUGUUAAGAGCUUACUGGAAAGGUAUGGCCUUAUUAACUCCAGAGAUAACCAAGGAAACACCGCACUGCAUGUAGCUGCUUAUAGGGGCUACUUAGAGGUGGUGAAAGUUCUUAUAUCUGUCUCUCCUUCAUCUACCGCGUUGAGAAACAAUUACGGAGACACGUUCCUUCACAUGGCUGUAGCUGGCUUUCGGACCCCAAGUUUCCGCAGGGUGGAUCGACAAAUGGAGUUGAUGAAGCAAUUGGUACGUGGAAAAAUUAUGGAGAUCGAAGACAUAAUUAACAUCAGGAACAUUGAUGGUCGGACUGCUCUUCACUUGGCUGUAAUUGAGAACAUUCAGACUGAUGUUGUGGAACUCCUCAUGACUGCAUUUUCUAUAAAUUUAAAUAUCCGUGAUGCUGAUGGAAAUACCUUAUUGGAUCUCCUCAAGCAACGCCCACAAUCUGCAUCUUCUGAGAUAUUGAUUAAGCGCCUCAUUUCAGCUGGAGGAAUUUCCAAUUGCCAAGACCAUAUGACAAGAACUGUCCUGGCUUCCCACCUGAAGAUGCAGGGUAUUGGAGGUAGUCCUGGUGCCUCUUUUAGGAUCCCUGAUGCAGAAAUAUUUCUGUAUGCUGGCAUUGAUAAUGCAACUGAUGCCAAUAGUGAUUGUGCAAGCACAGAAAUUGCUUCGUGCUGGGGUGAAUCGAGCGCUUGCCAUUCUGUUGAAGGGUCAAACUCAUCAAACAAACUGCGCUCAGUUAACAGUGCUGCUAGACGUUUAAAGUUUCUACUACGAUGGAAAAGGAAGAAAGAACGAAAAGAAGAGAGGGGAGGCUUGGAAGACAAUAUGUCUGUAGAAUCUUACAGAUUGUAUUCUGGCUUGAGAGAUCAGCCAAUUCCUCUACGACGGAGAUUCUCGAGGAUGUCAUCGCUUCCAAACAGCAAAAGAGUGCUCCCUGUCCAAAAUUGUCUUCCAGGUCCAUCAGCCAAAAAGAUAUUUGCAGCUGGGCUGAUGCACGGUGUUAUCCAAAUGACUCCACAAUCGUCUUAUGGAUCACCAUCAAGCGCUUAUUCUGAAUCUUCCUGGUCAUCUCCAGUGGUUGUCAGCAAAGAGAAGAGGAUGGAUUUUGGCAAUGUGAGUGUUGGGGCCUCUAGCUUAAAUAUGUCAAACAGUAGGGAAAAGUCGAAACUAUCACGUAAACAUGGCUCCUUCAACAUGAAGUUAAUGAAUCAGUACUUCUGUUUCGGUGCUCAAGGCAUUGCCGUUGAAAGUUCUGUUAAUUGUGCAGAACAAGAUCAGCAUCACAGGCAUCCAGUGGUAGCAUGAGGACAAUUGCUGCAUUUAUACUAAAUUUAUGAAGUCGUUGGACAGAUCUGUAAAUAGCUCCAAUUAUUACCAACUUCUUGGCACACCAUAUUGAAAAUAUGUAUUUGGUGCUUGUAGUACACUAUUUUUCUGUAGCAGUAUUGGAUGGUCCAGUCCUUUUUGUCUUGUAUCUGUUGUAGGUGUGGUCUGAAAUUAGAACUUAAAGCAGAUAUUUGUAAUUUCUACUCCAAUAAACGAGCAAGGGAACUGGAGUUUUUGA